GCACACACCACACAAUUGAUCAUAUCGAGGAUAAGUAGUGACAAAUCCGAAGACAAUUAUUAAACCAUAGAGAAAAACAAUUUCAAGAUUGAUUAUGACGAUGAUAACGAAAGAUAUCCAUACUAGGAGAGCCACAAAGCAAGAAGAGCCACCGCAGCCGCCGCCGCCGUCGACUUAUAAUAACACAAGUACACCGCGAGGCAGCUUGGCGUCGCCGCCGCUUUCGUCGUCGUCCUCUUCCUCUCCCUCCCACGACGACUUCUCCUUCACCAUAUCCCUCCAUCCAUCCUCCGCCGAGAUCCCCGCCGCCGACGGACCCAAAACCAAGCCCUCCACGCCAUCGUUCACCGCCGCCGCCGACUUAUCUCCGGCGGACGAUAUAUUCUUGCACGGCCACUUGCUCCCCCUCCGCCUCUUAUCCCACCUCCCAAUCUCCCCUCGCUCCUCCACCAACUCAGUUGACAGUUUUACCCUUCCCAUCAUAAAGAACUUCCAAAACUCCACAACAACUACCCAUUUAGUACCCCAAAGAGACACUAAACCAUCCAAUAAAGAUUCAAAACCCAAAUCUCCCUUCUCCUUUUUUCGCUUGUCAAAGCGGAAAAAGGAACUUCCCCUUAAGAACAAGACGGAACGGUCAAAAACCGAUCCGGCUGUUAUUAAGGGGCUCAGUCAUUCAUAUCUAGACAAGGAAGAAAAAGACGACUACGACAAGGAGAAACAAUGGAAGAAGCUUAAAUUUGAGAUAGCCCACGCCGUGAAAAGGUACGUGAGGAUGAUGAAACCGCUCUUGUCGUCCUUCAAGAGCGGCGGCGGUGGCCGGAGAAAAGUGGAAGUUGACCGGAAGGCGCACUCGUUUUCCUCCGGGACGAUAAGAGUGGCGAGAGCGAGCCGGAGUGAUAACAAUAUCGUCAACAAAAGAUCGGGGGCGACGUUGGGGGGCGGCCGGGGGUUGGGAGUAGGGGAGUACUCUGCACCGGCAUCCACCAGAACAUCGCCCACAAACAGCGGCCUCUUGGUGGCGCCGCCCCGUCCGCCGCCUUCAGAAAGCACGAUGGAGGAGCUGCAAGCCGCCAUCCAAGCUGCCAUUGCUCAUUGCAAGAAAUCCAUUGCGGUUGAAGAAGGAGAAGACCAGAGGAAAUCCAAUGCUACUGUUGCUUGAAUCUUUCUUUGGAUUAUCUGUUAAGUGGGCCCUGUUGAUUUUUCUAUAUUUAUAAAUGAGAUUCAUGCGUGAUCUUGUUUGAUUUGUCUUAACAUAUAGAUUAUUAAUAUAUAAUUUCUAUAAUUUUUUUAUAUACAAAUUACAAGAUAAAAUGGAUUAAAAAAGUGUAUUGGAUGGUGUGCAAAAAUGAAAGUGGACAAAUAUAGUGGGACGGAGGGAGUAUGAUGCGAUAAGUAAGCCUCUUAAUGGUUCAGAUGUCUGAAUGGUUAAGAGAUUUGCCUCUGAAUGGUUAAGUAUUAUACAGAGUCUGAAUGGUUAAGAGCUCUUAUCUGAAUUGAUCAGACAUUUGCCUCUGAAUAGUUAAACAAUAUACUAGCUCUUAAUGG